CUUUAAUGACGUAGCGAAAAAUAAUACAAAUCUCAGUGAGGUAUCGGCGGCUGGGUUUCUUGUAGGAAUGGGUAAAUUAAACUGUGCUUUUCAUCCACGGUUUCUACCAACCCUUUUAUUAUUAUUAUCCUGUAUAUUUACGCUGUCACUCGGUACGGAACUGAGUUUUGUGACGUGCGGAUCAGUCAUUAAACUGUUAAAUCUAAAGCACAAUGUGAGACUACACUCGCACGACGUACGCUACGGGUCCGGCAGCGGGCAGCAGUCUGUAACAGGGGUCACCGCAGUGGAAGACAGUAACAGCUACUGGAGCGUUCGUGGAACGAGCGACGCCUUCUGCCAUCGGGGCACCCCGGUAAAGUGCGGGCAGACAAUCCGCCUCACUCACGUCAACACAGGCCGAAACCUGCACAGCCACUACUUCGCCUCCCCGCUGUCCUCUAACCAGGAGGUGAGUGCUUUUGGCGAGGAAGGCGAAGGGGACCACCUGGAUGAGUGGACAGUUCAGUGCGGGGGAUCUGUGUGGAAACGCGAGGAGGCCGUCCGCUUCCGUCACAAGGCCACUGAUGCGCUGCUGUCUGUGACGGGGGAGCAGUACGGACGGCCGAUCCACGGUCAGAGGGAAGUUCACGCCAUGCCGAGCCCCAGCCAGCACAGCCUGUGGAAAGCCAUGGAGGGCAUCUUCAUGAAGCCCAGCGAGAGCCCCGCGGGCAGCCGGGACCACACUCACCCCCACACAGAGUUCUGAACUUUUCUUCCCUGCUUCUGUCUCCUCUCAUUUUCCUCCCUGUCUACCUCUGUAUUCCUACCUCUGUCUCUAAUUACGUCUGUACCAGCAGCCUCUAGAUGCAUCCCUGUCCCCCCUGUCUCCUGUCUCAUUUUUCUCUCUCAUCAACCUUUGACUUUCAUCUUUUAAAGAGACUGUGCCAAAGUCUGUCACGGAUCAGGGUACAAUUACUUCAUCUUAUCAAUCCAUAACCACCUCUGUGACAGUCAGUAGUGUUUUAAAAUAAGUAAUUUGGAAACACUAUUGGAUUUUCAGAGAUCCAGCAGCUACAAUCAGAGAGCGAACAUUAUUUCAAUAACAUACUUUGCCUUAACGGGUACAACAGGAUGUAUAGGUAAUAAAAAUGCAGUUUCACUGUAUAUUAUUACUUAUUAUUAUUACAGUUUGUAACACUUUACAUCCAGGAAGAGGUUUUCCUCUCAGUUGUUAUUUAUUGUAACAUAGCAACCAUCAGAAGUUACGCUACUACAUAGAAGGCGGUGCAGAUUUAACAUUGUUACACUUGUGCCUUUAUCUUGUUUUUUUGUUUUUGUUUUUUUUAAGUAGUAGGUGUUUAUAUUGUGGAGCCUUUUGGAAACAUAAGAAUUUGAUUGUGUUUUUAUGGUAUUUGUAAGAAAUACUCUACUCAAACAACGUUAAGCAGUGUUACUAUGGUUUUUUUCCCCCUUUAAGUCAGAUUCAGUGUAGCAUAUAAGUUAUCCCGCACUAACUAUUGUGAGAAAAUGAGCAGUUAUUUCUGUGGUGGUAUUUUGUGAAAUUGGAUGACGUUUAUCGUCAUAGUGCUGGAAGAAAGUGUUUCUCUGUUCACGCUGUCUGUGCAUGCAUAUGUGUUAGAUCAACUCUUUGUUUCAGAGGUUCAUAUGAACAACAAACUUGCAGUGAAUACCUCAUAUUAAAGAGAUUUUUUUUAUGCA